AAGAGGCAAAGGGACAUGUCCUAAUUAGUUUUAAUCUAUUGGAUUAAUGAAGGUUUCGAGUGUAUACAAAUCAAUCGGUGUGGAUUUGAAAUAGAAAUUUAAAUUUGAAGCUUAGUUUCUCAUCUACAUAUUAUUCGUUUGCUUUGGUGGUAGAACGUGAUAACUUCUGCUUUGGCGCAUGCGGUUCGUAGCCAUACCCGUGCUCGUACCUGUCAUGGAUUCCAAGGAUCGACCGCGAGCGCAGGCACGCGUGAUCGCACGAUUUUAUGCGUGAAAAUCAACGAUACAUCGAGAAAUCCGUAUACAAAAGUAAUGCACGAUUAUGAAUCGAUGGUAAAGUGGUGAUUUUGCAUUGAUCCAAGUGUUGGCGUCGUGUAAACAAUCGUCUCAAGAUGAAUCCUCUUGAUACGGGUUACGAGUCUUCUGUCACACGGAGCAUAGAUAUCGAGGAGCAGGUGGCAGCAAUCGCGCUGGAGCUUUAAGAACCAAGGGGUGGAGAAGGCUGGAGAACGCGUUUCCCGUCGGAUACUUGGAUCAGCCGAGGAAGGAGGAUCGUUUUCAAGGAAGCUUUCGUGCAACCUGUGCACGUUCUCCUUCUUCGUCAGUAACAGGCAAGAAAGACUUAAAAGGGGGUGGCGAGGAUGAGGCAAGUAGUUGUGUUGGAGCCGGCUGGCAGCGUUCUGGUGAUCAGGCAGACUUCCCUCGGUAGUAACGUCACUACCGGUAACACCAAUUCCAAUGUUGGAUCCAAUAACGCUCACGAGACCCAUGGGCUCGCCAAUCACGCCGCUGUGUCCACCAUUGCCUCCAAUGAUCACAAUCAGAAUCGUAUCGUCGUCGUGCGCUCGUCCUCCUCGACCUGCAUGACUACCACGGCUGACAAUCAUUCAUCCGCGAACGGUAACAACAUCAAUAUUAACGGCAACCUGAACGGGAACUCCGGGGCAAUUGGUAGCAAAACGUCGACGAAGGUUGUGGUUGGUAGCGGAGUUUCCAAGUCGAACGAGAGAAACGAUCAUCUUAGAAACGAUCACAAGAGCCAAGAUGGGAUCGGUACCGGUGAAUCGAACCCUGGAUGUCGUCCAAGGACGAGCAAGGAAGCAGUUCACGAGAACGUCUCCUUAGACAGGAAGCUCGAUGGCGCGGAUCCCAUCUCCGAUGGAGAUCCGAUAAAACUUCCGGAGAAUUUGGAGACCUUGCCACGAGCUGAACAUUUUCCAACUCAGAGGCACCGAUGGAACACCAACGAGGAGAUUGCUGCCAUCUUGAUCAGUUUCCAAAGACACGCGGAAUGGCAAAGUCGGGAGGUGAAGGUACGACCUCGAAGUGGUUCGAUGUUACUGUACUCGAGAAAGAAAGUCCGUUACCGGCGGGACGGUUAUUGCUGGAAGAAACGGAAAGAUGGUAAAACUACACGAGAGGAUCACAUGAAACUGAAGGUGCAGGGAGUCGAGUGCAUCUACGGCUGUUACGUGCACUCGGCGAUCCUUCCGACGUUUCAUCGGCGAUGUUAUUGGCUACUACAGAAUCCAGACGUCGUCCUCGUUCACUACUUAAACGUUCCUUACCCGGACGGUGAUGCAAAGCUAGCGGCGCUGCCACCGUGUCUCGCACUGCCGCCAGACAAGAAGGAGUGGACGCGUGACGAGCUGGCUUCUCAGCUUAGACCUAUGUUCCUCGGUGGAGACGACGAUCCGAACAAUCCUCACCUUACUCAACACUCGAAUCAUCCCGUCGAUAUGAUAGUUUCUCAACUGUUGGACAGACAGAGAGCAUCUUCCACUUCCUCUACCACCAGCACUCAGCUUGCACCUAGGAGAUUAACGCCGGACAAUCAGGUUUCUUCGACUACCGGAGGUCAGCAAUCGUCGACAUCAGCCUCACCGGCUCCUCGCGUAUACUCAAGACAUUCCCACACGACUCAAAGCCAACAACCGGCUCCUUUAGUUUUAAGUUUGCAACAGAUUCAAGGUGGUGGCGGUCUUCUGAUACUGAACAGCCAACCGUAUCACCAUCAACAACAGCAGCAGCAGCAGCAGCAGCAACAACAGCAGCAGCAGCAGNNGCAGCAACAACAACAGCAGCAGCAGCAGCAACAACAGCAACAGCAACAAAGCCAACAAGUGGAAAUGCAACAGGUUCCGGAGCAGCAAAUCGUACAGCAGACGAGCGUGGACAGAGAGCAACAGACCCAGCAGGAAAUAGAAGCCCAGGAAAGUAUGGAUCGUAGCACGGUGCAAUCGUUGCCGAUCGGUGGCGCCGGCCCCGANGUCACCGAUUUCGCCGAGACUUUGGACCUGAGUCAAGAGGACAUUCAGCGAACGUUAUCCGCGAACAUGGUACCACCAUCCCCGUCCCCUUCCCCGGCGGACAACAGUAUGAUCAAUCCAAUGGAUUUCAUCGAUUCGUCGGACGACGUCCUCGUCAAUUUGGACGCGUUCGACGUGUUCGGUGAUUUGCCGGAGCUUCACGAUUUCGAGGCUGAGCAGACUAAGGCCGAGGAGAGGGGAGGGUCCGAUAACGACGUGGGAUGUCAUCCUGGAACAACCGUCCAUAUUGCGGAGUACAGUCCGGAGUGGAGUUAUACCGAAGGUGGCGUAAAGGUAUUGGUAGCCGGUCCUUGGACCGGUGGGAGUAAUUCUCAAUCUUAUUCGGUGUUGUUCGACGCCGAACCGGUCGAAGCGUGUUUGGUACAACCAGGAGUGUUGCGGUGUCGUUGUCCAGCUCAUGCUCCGGGGAUAGCGUCUCUUCAGGUGGCGUGUGACGGGUUCGUCGUUUCCGAUAGCGUUGCUUUCGAGUAUCGUCGCGCGCCAACAACCGAGCCAAGCCCGGAACGAGCUCUCUUGGACCGUUUGGCGGACGUUGAGUCACGUUUGCAAGGACCGGGUCCGCCGUCUCCCGCAGCGCAUCUGGAAGAGCGAUUAGUGGCGUAUUGUCAAGAUGCUGUUGUCCGUCCGUGGCGAGCCGGAGCGGAACCGUUACAAUCCGGCGGCCCUACUCUCUUACAUUUGGCCGCAGGAUUGGGCUACUCCAGGUUGGCUUGUGCGCUCCUUCACUGGAGAGCGGAAAAUCCUAGUAGCGUGUUAGAUGCCGAGGUCGAUGCUCUGAGGCAAGAUAGCGCAGGUCUUACGCCGCUCGCUUGGGCUUGCGCGGCAGGGCACGCGGAUACUGCCAGAAUUCUGUACAGAUGGAACGCAAUGGCGCUUCGCGUGAGGGAUUGUCAGAACAGAACUGCGACCGAGUUAGCGGCGGAGAACGGUCACACGGCGAUCGCUGAAGAAUUGAAUCGACUCGAAGCGAGAAGACAAGACGAGAGGCUUUUCUUGCGACCCGCCAGCCCUAGCCCUAGGAGGCCAUCUCAAGACAGCGGUCUCGAUCUGGCGUUGUGGGAAGAAGACGCGAGGGUGCUGACAUUGGCUGAGCAAAUUAUAGCAGCGCUACCGGAAAGGAUCAAGAGAGCGGAAGGUGAUUCUCCGUCUUCUUCCUCGCCACCUCCCCCGGCACCGCCCUUGUCAUCUCUGGAGGAUGCUUUGAUGGAACAAAUGCCGCUCGAUUCUGGAGAAUUGUUCGACUCGUAUCGCGAGUGCAGUGGAGGAGCGGCAUCAGUCUCGGAUGCUGACGCAGAUGCUAGCCCUUCGAGUCCGUCUAGCAGCUGUCUCACACCGGACUCGCCAUCUCCACCGCCUACGACGGCCGACUUCUGCGAAUUCUUGCAGCUGCAGUUGCAGCUUGACGGCAAUAACGGCCAUAACGGCCAGUACUAUUCGACCGGUGGAGAUCGAAAGUUCGGUAACGUGAUUGGCUCUGGGAUUUGCGGGACUGUGACAGGUGGUGGUAACGGAAACGGUGAUGGGAACGAAGCGGAUCUGAGCAGGCUAACUCUGUCCGAUCGGGAGCAAAGGGAGCUUUAUCACGCCGCUAGAAUGAUCCAAAAAGCCUACAGAAAUUACAAGGGGCGACAGAGGCAGGAGGAAGCGGAGAGACACGCUGCUGUACUCAUCCAACAAUAUUAUCGUCGACAUAAACAGUACGCUUAUUUUAGACAAGCUACGAAAGCUGCUCUGGUGAUACAAAGUAACUACAGGAAUUAUCGCUCGCGUCCUGGCUCGGCCAGCUCGAGGCAGCAAGCGGUUCAUCAGCAGGCUGCUCAUCAAGCUGCAAGGAAGAUCCAACAGUUUAUGCGGCAAUCGAAAAUCAACUUGUCGUGGGACGAUUCACGACCGGCUGCAGAACGCCAGGGCCGCCGCAAACGGGAACGGGAGGCCGCCAGCGGGCAUUUUACGGGCGGUUGCUGUCCCCCAAAGCUCGCCCUCAUCUAGCCCAGGGGCCAGCCUAGUAGCCGCCAACCCAGAGGUCACUUAAUCGACUGUCGAUCGAACGGCACACAAAAUGGUGAUGAUACGUCGGACGCAAAGUAAUAGAGCCUAGCCAACCAAUUUUAACGUGGCCGCCAAUUUUAACGGGCGAAGUGGUCGCCGUAAUGGCCGAAUUUUCGUCGAGGUUCGCGGAAAAGAAAGAAAGAAAAAAAAAAAAAAAAAAAAAAAAAAAAGGUUCCAAGGAAUAUUACACGAAGUCCAAGAAAUCCUUUGACGAUCAACAACCGACACGGACACGCUUUACUCUCUUACAUCCCUGAUCACGUACCUGCCUUUCGAUCUUAAACGAAAAUCUCUCCACCAUCUCUUUGACCCA